AAAUGCCUGAGGGGGACAGAGAAAACAAGGAAAAGGAGAGAGGUUCUCUCUUAUAUAGGGCAUGCCAAUGAUUCAGUAGAAAGAGUAGACAGGCUACGCCUAAUUCAGUACUUUGAAAUACAUGCUCAUAUCACUUCAGUUUGCAGAAUUCAUUGUAAUUGUUACUGAAAACUUAUUACUAAAAGGAAAUGGAUUGGACUGGAACAAUUUUAACUUUAUUACUAUUUAUUUUUGCAAUUAUGUUCCUUUUGAAGAAGGGAAGUUCCUGGAAUAACAGCUGCCCCAGUCUCCCCCCAGGACCCAGGACUAUACCCAUUUUGGGAAAUCUACACAUGAUGGAUCUGAAGAGGCCUUACAGAACAAUGAUAGAGUUGUCCAAGAAAUACGGUCCCGUUUUCCGUAUCAAACUGGGAUUUCAGGAGAUGGUGGUGCUGACUGGCUAUGAGACAGUCAAAGAGGCUCUAGUGAACCAGGCUGAUGCAUUUGCAGAGAGAGCCUCCAUCCCCAUUUUUGAUGAUUUUGCAAAGGGCUUUGGUCUUAUUUUUGCUCAUGGUGAGAACUGGAAAGCAAUGCGACGAUUUACAUUAUCCACAUUACGGGACUAUGGAAUGGGAAGGAAGACUAUUGAAGACAAAAUCAUUGAAGAGUGUGGUGUCUUGACAAAAACAAUUAAGACUUAUGCAGGAAAGCCAUUUGAGAUCCAAACAGUUAUGACUGCCGCUGUUUCCAACAUCAUAGUUUCUAUUCUGCUUGGGAAGCGCUAUGACUAUGAAGAUGCCACAUUUCUACGACUUCUGAAGAUAAUCAGUGAAAAUAUAUAUCUUUCAGCGACCCCAAAUAUGUCGCUAUAUAAUAUGUUUCCUAUGCUGGGCUUCCUUUUGGAUUCACCUAAAAAACUAAUGAAUAACAGAAAGGAGUUCCAUGAUUUCAUACAGACUACCUUCAUAGAAUAUCUCAAAAAUCUGGAUGAAAAUGACCAGAGGAGUUUUAUUGAUUCAUUUCUUAUUCGGCAAAGAGAGGAAAAUAAGAAGAUGACUAAUGGAUAUUUCCAUAAUGAAAAUCUUAAAGCUCUUUCGGGUAACUUAUUUGGUGCUGGUACAGAAACAACUGGAAGCACUCUGCGCUGGGCCAUACUCCUGAUGAUGAAGUACCCAGAAAUCCAGAAUAAGGUCCAAGAAGAAAUUGCAAAAGAGAUUGGGGUUCGUCAGCCAAGGACAGAAGACCGAACCAAAUUGCCUUAUACCGAUGCAGUAAUUCAUGAAGUUCAAAGGUUUGCUGAUAUUGUUCCAACCAACUUGCCACAUGCAACCACUAUGGAUGUAACUUUCAAAGGCUUCUUCAUUCCCAAGGGUAUGCACAUUGUUCCUUUGCUAUCAUCAGUGCUCCAUGAUGAAUCUCAGUGGGAGAAACCCUAUCAAUUCUAUCCUGAGCAUUUUCUUGAUUCUGAAGGAAAAUUUGUGAAAAGAGAUGCAUUCAUGCCUUUCUCUGCAGGUAGGAGAAUAUGUGCAGGUGAGACCCUUGCCAAAAUGGAGCUCUUCCUCUUCUUUACUAGCCUCCUGCAGAAAUUUACCUUUCAAACACCCCCGGGAACAUCUAAAAAUGAUCUGGAUCUAACGCCUGAGAUUGGAUUUACAACCCCUCCUAUACCGUAUAAGACCUGUGCCAUUCCAUGUUCAUAAGACACAAGACUUUCAUAACAGUCAUUCUCAGUCUUGGAUAAUGUGAUUCUGUAUGGUUUUGGCUUAAGAGGCUGUCUGAAAUUGUACUAUAAUUAUUUGCAUACACACAAAAUCUAGAUUUUGAGAGUGAAAAGGGUAGAGAAAUCAUGCUAAGUGCUUGAUACAUUUAUUAUUUUUGUUUGUUUCCUUUUAUCCUUUUUUCUCCUAUUCAAUUUUGUUAGUUUUGCUUUUUGUUAAAUUCAUUGUAAGCAAUAUAGUUUUUUCCACAAUAAUUCUACAUACACACACACACACACAUAUUAUUGUUAAGGUAUUAGAUAACUUAAAAUCACACUUUGACACAGAAUUUAGCUGAAGAAAGCAAAACAGUACCAAAAGGAAACAACAACAUUUAAUAUUACUGAGAAUUUGUUUUACAAAAAAUAUUUAGAGAUAAUUAUUGCUAGAUAUUCCUAGAAAUAGAAUGGCAGAUAUUUCAAGUAGAAAAAGAUGUAACUGUCUCAGUCGGGAUGAACAUCUUGACAAGGCUGAAAAUUUUGUUCAAAUAGAUUCCUACAAAAACUGAAGAAAAAAACACUAAAUUACUGGCAGAGAUGAGCAACUGAUUUUAUAUAAUCUGAUAAAAUACCAAGGACUAAAGUUCAAAACUUUACAACCCUUGAAAUAUUGGACAAGCAGCCAGUUGUAUUACCAGGUUAGAUGUUUAACUGGGAUGACAUUGAUUAAAACACUGAAGGUUGAAUAAUCUGACAGCUCAUAUGACGUUCAGUUAGCUUUCCUUUAAAAGGCUAGCUUGAAUAGUUUAUUUAGUUAAUUAAAAGAAAGGGGGCAUGUUUUGUGCCUUCAACAGACACAUAUUGGAAGCACUGAUGUUGAUCUGUUAAAUGUAAACAUCUCUAUCAAAACUGUAUGGCCUUAAACAGAUUUUUUUAAAUGGAACAGCUGUAUGAACUUUUAAUGAGACUUCUAGAGAAAAAAUCUCAGAUGAGAAUGGAAGAUGCAUAAUGUUAAGCUUUCAGACUGAAUUUGGAAAAUAAUUGAUUUUUGUGCAGAAUACCAAAAUAAAGUUCUGUGAAAUAUU